CAUGUACUUUACAAAUGGUUUGUCGUAAUUCCGAUGGUUAUUAUCUGAGUGACAUUAAAAUUAAAAAACCAUUAAUAACUGAUCUUGCUCUUCAUUAUGGGGAAAAAUUUGUCUCAAUACAUGAGAAAAUUCUUAAAAAUCUCAAUACAAUAGAUUCAAAAGGUAUUGUUCUUUUACAUGGUAUUCCAGGUUCAGGAAAAACACAUUAUAUUCGAUAUCUUAUUCAAGAAAUUGAAGAUAAAAUAUUAAUUUAUAUUCCACCAGAUAUGGCAAAAGAAAUAUCUUCACCACAAUUUCUUCCAUUUCUUAUGGAAUAUCAAAAUGCUAUUUUAAUUAUUGAAGAUGCUGAGAAUAUUAUUAAAGAUCGAAGUGAAACAACAACACCCUCACAAGCUGUUGCUAAUCUUCUUAAUCUAUCAGAUGGUUUAUUAGGUGAUGCAAUGCAUCAACAAAUUAUUGCAACAUUUAAUUGUGAUUUAACAAUUAUUGAUCCAGCUUUAUUAAGAAAAGGUCGAUUAAUUGCCAAUUAUGAAUUCAAUAAACUGGAUAUUGAAAGUUCAAAAAUUCUCUCAGAUAAAUUAGGUUUUGGUCAGGAAAAUAUUACUGAACCAAUGACAUUAGCAAAAAUUUAUAAUCAAGGAGAAAACACCGAAGAAAAUUAA